AUGUUCUGCUUUAUGUGUCGGAUCAUUAAAAAAUUCAUUGAGAAAAGUGGAACGAAGGAUCUUGUUGAAGUUUUUUGCUCUAUCUGCAUGUUGGAGUUUUUUUUUUAG